AGUAUCCUGAUCGUGCCUAUGGGCAAUGAACUCGAUGCCUAUACAAGGUGCAAGGUUCAGAAGGUUCUCCUAGGUGUUGCUUCAGGUUCUUGUUCUUUGCUUGUUAUAUUCAACAACAGCUUAUCGUACGAUACGACGUACACUAGAAAUAAUAUUAUGUUUGCUUGAUCCUUUUAAGUGUUUCCUUAAACUGGGAUAAGUUAAGAUAUUUAUUGUCUUUGGUAGUGAAUGAAAAAAAUAUGAACAUGAACAGCUGACAAAUGAAAAAUCGUGUACAAGGAAAAUGUAUUAUAACUUGAGGCUGACUUGAAGUAAUGGAGUAUAAAUCACUUAUCCUUUGUAUCCUUUGCUCAUUCUUGAGAAUAUGCCAAAGUAUAGAUCAAGCAUCAUUUUAUGGCAACAGCUAUAUAUCAUUGCCAUUCAAAGAAGCAAAAAGUGCAACACACAUACAGUUCAGGUUCAAGACACAACUUCCCAAUGCCCUAAUAUUACUAGUUGCUGGUAUAACUGAUUACUGCAUUGUGGAGAUAGAAAAAGGAAGAAUAAAAGUUAAUAUCAAUCUGGGUGCUGGAGAAUCAGAAUUAAUAUCACCCUCAGGAUUGAAAUUAAAUGAUAUGAAAUGGCAUGGAAUUAUUAUUGAACGUAAAGAAGCUAAUCUGUCCAUGGUUAUUGAUACAAUUUACAAAGUACAAAAACAUCUUCCUGGUAAAUUUUUCGAGCUGAAUAUUCAUUAUGGUUUAUUUGUCGGUGAUAACAAAAACAAGAAUAAUACAGAUAUAUUUUUUGGGCAUGUUGAGAAAUUCAGAGGCUGCAUCUCUAACUUGAUAUACAAUGAUAUGAAGGUCCUGGAACAUGCUAGACACAGACAAUCUCAGUCCAGCGUUCAAGGAAUCACCUGGAAUUGUGCUGCUGAAUUCGAAGCAACCAACGAUCAACCUAUUAGCUUCAUCGAAGAUGAUGCCUAUAUGAUAUUUUCUCAUAAGACACACUACAAAGAAUUCAGAAUUCAGUUUGAAGUGAAAACGAUAAGUAAAGAUGGAUUGUUUUUUUAUAAUCCGGGUCACAAAUUGAAACAGGACUAUUUCUUGAUUGAACUGAACAAUUAUUCUUUGAAAGUUCUUAUCAAAAUUGGUGAUAAAAUUUCGAAAGUAGCAAGUAAGAACAUGAAGAUAUCUGAUGGAGAAUGGCACAGAGUUUCAUUCAGAAUAUCACCAUCCAUUAUUGAACUCAGUUUAGAUGAAAAAAUCAUUAGUGAAAAAAACAUUCAUGGUCACCUAUUCCAACUGAGCGACAUCUCUUACAUAGGGGGGCUAGAAAUGAGCAAGCGUUUUCGAGCCUACCAAAAAGGUUGUAGCAAAUCCUGUGAUAGCAGUUUCAAAGGUUGCCUGAGACAAUUGUCUAUUUUUGAAGAAAACAGAGGGCUACCAGAUGCCUAUGUCACAGAAGGGCUCUUACCAGGUUGUGUGUGGCACUAUCCAUGCCUUCGGAAUCCUUGCAACAACAAUGGCUUUUGUAUACAACAAGGUCUCGAUUCCUUUCAAUGUCAAUGCCAGGAAGACCUCUGUGUCAACGUCAAUUACACCGAAGGCUAUAAAGUAUUCUCGAAAAGCAAUUUAGCUACCGAACUAGAGCUUUUAGCUGUCGAACCGUUACAAGUACUGGAAAGUGGCAGUGAGAUCAUCACUACCAAAAAUCUGCAUAUGAUUUUGGAUUAUCCGAAAUAUGGGAUCACAGACUCCGGUAUAACUUUCUUCAUUGUCAAAGGCCCAGAGCAUGGGAGCAUCACCAUUGAUAUUUGGCCACACGAUAAGAAUUCAUUCUGUUUGUUUGAUGUAGCCAGAGAUAAGGUUUACUAUGUUCAUGAAGGUUCCGAAGAUAACCAUGAUACUAUCGUUCUUGAAGUUGAAUUUUCCGCAGCCGAUACCUUCACGUUGCCAGCCUAUCUACAAGGAAAAUUUCGUUUCGGUCUAUCGAUAAAUGUGGUCCCUACAAAUGAUCCUCCUAUGCUGGAUAUUUCCGAUGCCACUGUUUUCAGAACAGUACAGGGAACUAAAAAGUUCAUAUCGUCAGAUAUAUUUAAUGCGGUUGACGCAGAUAAUCCACCAAGAGAUUUGAUUUAUACGAUACUCAAAUCAGACAGUGGUUUCUUUGAGAAUGCCAAUAAACCAGGAGUCAAGAUAAUCUCAUUCACCCAAGAAGAAAUCGAUGAAGGAAACAUUUUAUUUUUCGAUCGGAGUUCAAACAUAAAUAGCUCUUCCGUGUCCAUGCAAGUUUCUGAUGGCAUGGUGACGAGUUCAGUCUACAAUUUGAGAAUAUCUAUUGCUCCUCAAUAUUGGAGAUUGGAAAGGAAUACUGGUCUUGUUGUUCUGCAUCAAACCUCAUCCAUAAUUACCCACUACAAUUUGAGCUUCACUUCAAACGUUGCCAUCUCAGAUUAUUCUACACAUUACACUGUGGUAAAACGGCCUAUAUAUGGGGUGAUAGAAGUCGAGAGGGUUGCUAAUACCUGGGAAAUAUCAGAUAUUUUCACUGGAAGUGAUUUGAAACAACACAGAGUGCGAUAUAGACAUGUCAAUGCCAAGCCAGAUUUUGAUGAAUUCCAGUUUCGUACGCUAGAUAAGACUAAGCUAUACACGUUCAGGUUGACUUUCGCCAAAUGCACAUUAUACAAGGUGAAAUUGAGGGAUAUGGAAUUGAGGAACCAAUGGGAAAUAGUCAUAUCCGCAGAUACAUUAUCAUUCGAGACGAAACCGGCUAAAGCUCUCACCUCGAUACAUUACGUAAUUGCCAAGCCACCUCAAUACGGAUUUCUUUUCUCUCCAAAAUCAAAUUAUCGUUUGAGAUCUUGUGACACUUUUACUCAGGAAGACAUCGUUUCUGAAAACAUAAAAUAUAGCUUGCACCAGAAGGGGUAUUCCGAUGUGCAUGAUGGUUUUACAUUCGUUGUACUGUCUCCCGGGUGCAAUAACGUAACAGCAAAUGUAUCACUAAAUUACUCGCCAUCCAACGUCGAUAAGGCAAAAGUGAAUGUACAUUUGAAUCACAUUCAAGUGGACGAAGGUUACUCUACAGUCAUAGAUCAUACGGUCUUAUCAUUACAGGCAGAAUUUCCAUUGGAUUUGGUAUACAAUAUAACAAGCCAAACUCGUCAUGGGUUCUUGCAACUCAUCAAAAGCGAUACCAUGAAGAAUAAUACAGAUCAUUUCACAUCUUCUGAUCUGAAAAACAAUUUUCUCCAUUAUAUUCAUGAUGGAUCGGAAACGCAAACUGAUUCAUUCGUUUUCAUGGCUUUAUCCAAAGAUGACGAGAGUUUCGAGUUCGUAGGAGAAGUGAAUAUAAGAAUCGAGCUAAAGAACGAUAACAGCCCAAUUCGUGCAGUCGACAAAGUGUUUCAUGUCGUGGUAGGUGGCGAUAGACUGUUGACCGGGAAGGACCUCAAAUAUACUGACAAAGACUUGGGCACCCCUACUUCCAUGAUAGUUUAUACAUGUCGAGAUUCAUCCAACGGAUAUUUUUAUAACGUCAAUAACAUGAAUACGAAAAUACUGGAAUUCACUCAGGAAGAUUUAGAUGAUAACAGAAUAAUAUUCAAACAUAAAGGGACGGAGUAUGGUAAAGUCAGGUUAUGGAUUACCGAUGGACAAUUUCAUUUGAAUGGAAUUCUGGAGAUACAAGCUUCUGCUCCUUUCAUCCACAUCACAAUGCAUAAAAAAAUUAUCGUGGAGCACGGGAAAAUCGUUGUCAUCUCUAGUGCUCAUGUUUCCUAUGAGACAAAUUUAUAUGCUUACGAUAAGGACGUGGUUUACGAGAUAACUAAUAAGCCUAAUUUCGGCAAAGUGGUCUCGUCAAAAACUCUCAAGGUGAUAAAAAACUUUACACAACAAGAUGUUUAUGAUGGACUUGUCAGCUAUCUGAAUGAAAAUACGGCGGUGAAUGCCGAUGAGGUCGGAAUUAAAGUAACUUGCAGGGAUGCAGUUGAUGUUGCCCAAAUAGGUAUUUGGAUGUUACCAUCAAACUAUUGGGAACCCCUAAUACCGAAUAAUCUGAAGAAACUCUUGGUCGAAGAGUCGACCAGUGUAUUGAUAACGAGAAAGGAUCUGGAGGUAUUUCAAGCAAACGUUCCUUCGUCUGCCAUCGUUUAUCACAUUAUAGAAAUCCCUGAAUAUGGUUACAUAACCCUUUUAGGAGAUUCAAGGAGCGGCGAUGAACCGAUGAACGUUUUAUCUUUCACCCAAGAUCAGAUAAAUAACAAUGAAGUUUUGUACAUUCAGUCUGGAGCCAACCAGACGAAAGACAAAAUAACGUUCAACGUCACUAACGGCAUUAUAUGGCGAAAAAACAUUCAACUAGAUAUUGGCAUAAUACCGGACAGAUUGUAUUUAGGGAGCAACGACGUAAUGGUCAAUGAAGGAGGCGUGGCAGCUAUAAGUGUAGCACACUUAUUCGUACUGACGGACUACUACAAAUCCAAAGUGACUGUUUACACGAUCACGGAAGCCACUAGGCACGGUUGCGUCCAGGUUCAUAAACGUUGUUUAAAAUCGAAAAGUUUCACGCAGAAAGAACUUCAAGCUGGCCUUGUUCAAUAUUCACAUGAUGGAAGUGAAUAUUCGAACGAUGAAUUGCUCGUUGUCGGAGAUGCUGGACAGAAGAGAAGUUUUCCCGUGACACUUAAGAUCAUCGUCUUACCAGUGAAUGACCAGUUACCGAAACUAGUGAAUAAUACCGGAAUGAUUAUGUGGGAAGGUGGAGUUUCCGUUAUAACAAAUGAAAUGUUAGCUGCGACCGAUGAAGACCUGCCCAAAGAUACUCUGAAGUACCAUGUCCAGAAUUGUUGGUGGGGCGUUGUUUCUUUGAUGUCGGAUGUAGCAUCUCUCACUUAUUUCACACAAGAAUUUAUAGAUAAACGGAUGGUAGUCUUCAGACAUUAUAAUGGGACUGAAGCAAGAUUCAAAUUCAAUAUCAGCGAUGGUUUGCACACUACAAAGGAUUAUUUAUUUCACAUCAAAACAAAACCGGUGAAAAUGGAACUGGUUAGCCAUCCACUACACAUAUUUCCAUUUCAAAAAAAAUAUCUCACUUCCAACCAUCUGCUUGUAACCAUAUCUGAUGCACAGAGAACAGUUUAUUAUGAUAUUAUCGAAGAACCUAGUUUAGGAAGGCUUAUGAUGGAAUCCGAGAAAGCCGGCAUAUUCAAAGUCGUGUCCAGUUUCACGCAGAACGACUUGAACGAAAGUAGAAUUUUCUAUGAGCAUACGCAUCAGUUCUCUGAUUUGUAUGCAAAUGAUUCCUUCGUAUUCAAUGUCAGAGCAAACUUGGCAGCCGGAUUAACCACACAGGCCUUGAAAAUAGACAUUUCCGUGUCUUCCGGUGGAUUGGACGCUUAUGUUAACAUUCCGAAAGUUUUCGUAGACGAAGGUGGUACUACCACGAUACAUCUCAAUCUGUCGGGAGUGGUGUCCUUCUUGGAAAACCACGCAGGUCUCAGGUUGCCGAUAAUACACGCAUCCGCCUCACGACCGUUGCACGGCCAAGUUUUCCUCCAACGUGAUAAGAACUUGACCACCUUCACCCAAUCCCAAUUGGAGACGGGACAAGUUUACUACGAACACGAUCAUUCGGAUUCCUUGGGAGAUAACGUGCACUUCUCGUUAUAUUUGAUUCCGGGAUACGUGAUUUUGUGUAACGUAACCGUGCCUGUGAUCGUGAAUCCCAUCAACGACCAACCCUUCAACCUCGUCACUCCGGCACCCAGUCUGAUAGUGGUGCAAGGCGAAAAUCGAACAAUAACAAGGCACGAAUUGGCCACCGAAGAUGCCGACACGGCUCCCGCCAAACUCAAAUACGACCUCAUAUCUGGCCCUUCACAUGGCAAACUAGUGCUACUACCGGAAUGUUCGCCGGUCUCUUAUUUCUCCCAAGCGGACAUCGACAGCAACAAACUCUUGUACGUACACGACGGAUCCAUGUUGAAGGACUCCUUUCACUUCCGGAUAUGGGACGGCAAGUUCCCGCCCGAAUUUAGUUUGUUCAAUGUGAUCGUCGCUCCGAUAAAUAUCAGCGUUUCACCGGGCAUGCCGGCUCACUUGUUGCAAGGCUCCGACGUGGUUUUCUUGACGGAAAAACAGUUUUUCAUACACACCAAUGCCGACAGAAACAAGAUACGUUUCACUGUGAAGAGAGCAGCGAAGCACGGAAUGCUAUACAAAGAUAAUAAUUCUGUCAAUCAUUUUCACAAAAACCAACCGAUGACAGCUUUCACGUAUAGAGACUUGCUGAAUAAAAAAGUGAUGUACCUACAGACGGAUAUGACGAACUCCAACGACAGUUUCCGAGUGGUAGCCGAACUGUUUUCAGGAGAUGGUUCGUUCGGCGGCGAAGUCGAUGUCGUCAUCAGAGUGAAGCCGUUCAUGCACAUACACAAUGUGACCGUCAAAGCUGGGGAGAUGAAUCGAAUCACCGUACGCGUUCUGGACGCCAAUCCGUUGGCCAAACUGACCAGUAGCAAUCCGCGUUACACGAUUCUCCGACCGCCGGUGUACGGAGAAAUUCGAAAAAUAAUUCGCAGUUCCGGCGAGAACAGGAACGUCCUGGAUGUGGUCGUGCACACGUUCACUCAUGAAGACGUCCAGAGCGGUCUUAUUUUCAUGGCGGUGAAAAACGUAGAAGUGCCUUGGGAAGGGAUCGAAGAUAGACUAGAAUUCGCUCUGGCAGCGACCAUAUUCCAACCGGCGAUGGGCGAACUGAAGAUCCAUAUAAGGCCCCUUAUAUCGAACAACGACGUUUCUUCCACGUUGCCGGGCCCCAGUGAUCCCGCCAGCCACGAAGGCGGCUUGCAUUUGGCUAGCCCUAAUAUGACGAAAGACUACUUACUGAUAGUGAGUAUGGUAGUUGGAGUAGUAGUGUUGGGAGUGACGAUGGUAGUAGUGAUAAAGUGUCGAUCGCUGGAUGCCCAAAUGAACAAAGAAGAGCAGUGUGUCCAACCGAUCCCUCUACCGCGUCCACCGGACAGGCUGAUGACGUCAUCACCGUCUCUGAAACCGGCGUCGAUCGACGGCGGCGGCCUGUCGAAUUCCAAUUCGGCGUCGCUGCCCCAAUGCAAGGUGACACAGCUGCCGGUGAACAGGAACACUGAAUUGGAAUCGCCCUCUCUGCAUGCUUGCUACCCUUACGGAGUGGAUGAACAGCCGGACGAUUGGAGCAGCCUGGAUGCGUCAGAUGUCCCUACCUGUCCCACCAAAAAUAUUAUGUUACGUAGGAACCAGUAUUGGGUUUGAACGUACUAACUUACAGCGAAUUCCAUUGGUAAAACUACAGCCGGCACUAUAACAAGCCGCGGUGAGAGACAUGCAACACCGCAUCGCCGUGAUGCGGAAGGUCUACUCUCGACUGGCUACCACGGCGACAUAGGCAACGUUACCGCUAACCGCGCUAACGUAACAUCAUCAAUUUCUGGCUUUGAAAUAAAUAAUUGAACUUUAAUAGAAAAAUAGCAAGAAAUAAUGGGUCAGGUCACAGUUCAGGUUUUAUUCAGUUUCUUGGAUAAAAUAAACAACUGGCGGUCACCGUUCAGGUUUUAUUCCGUUUCUUGGGUAAAAUAAACAACUGGCAAGUCCCAUUUUAGACCAAUCAUUAAGUUCAUAAAUUGCGAGGCAAGAUCUUAUUAUACACAGUUCUCCAUUAGGAAAUUUGAAAAUUUAAAUAAUUCUUUUCCGAAGCCUAAAUUGACUUACAUCCUGUCUCACACAGCAAUUAUUUGGCAUCUUCUUAUGAGAAAGGUUGAAAUUACUUACUUUGCUGCCAG